UUCCAUCAUUUCUCCAGCUUGUGUUGGUUCUGUUUGUUUUCACAGAUUAAUUUUGUGUCUUUACAUUUCAGCGGCUCAGUCCCCGUGGAGCUCGGAUUACAAUGCAAAGGAUCCUGGAGGUGUGGGUCACCUUGGUGGCAGUGUCAGCCCUGGCGGAGGGGGUCUUAGGGGGGUACGGGCUCAGCAUGUUCGCGGCUCAGUCCUCCCCUCCGGAUCCGUGCUAUGAUGAGAACGCAAACCCGCGCAGAUGCAUCCCGGACUUCGUCAACUCCGCUUUCGGGAAGGACGUGCGCGUGUCCAGCACCUGUGGGACCCCCACCGCCAGGUACUGCGUGGUGACCGAGAAGGGAGAGGAGAGGACCCGGGACUGUCACACGUGCGACGCCGGGGACCCCAAGAAGUCUCAUCCUCCUGCGUAUUUAACGGACCUCAACAACCCGCACAACCUCACGUGCUGGCACUCUGAGAACUACCUGCAGCACCCACAGAACGUCACGCUCACCUUGUCGCUGGGGAAGAAGUUUGAGGUGACCUAUGUGAGCCUGCAGUUCUGCUCACCCAGACCCGAGUCCAUGGCGAUCUACAAGUCCAUGGACUACGGGAAGUCGUGGGUGCCGUUUCAGUAUUACUCCACGCAGUGUAAGAAAAUGUUCAACCGGCAGAACAAAGCUGUGAUCACCAAACAGAACGAGCAGGAGGCGAUCUGCACGGACUCCCACACCGACAUGCACCCUCUGAGCGGGGGACUCAUCGCCUUCAGCACCCUGGACGGGAGACCCUCCGCGCACGACUUCGACAACUCCCCGGUGCUGCAGGACUGGGUCACGGCCACAGACAUCAAGGUGAUCUUCAGCCGGCUGCACACCUUCGGGGACGAGAACGAAGACGACUCGGAGCUGGCGCGAGACUCCUACUUUUACGCCGUGUCGGACCUGCAGGUCGGCGGCCGCUGCAAGUGCAACGGGCACGCGUCAAAGUGCGUGAAGGACCGGGAGGGGAACCUGGUGUGUGAGUGCAAACACAACACGGCGGGGCCGGAGUGCGACAGGUGCAAACCUUUCCACUACGACCGACCCUGGCAGCGCGCCACGGCACGAGAGGCCAACGAGUGUGUCGCAUGCCACUGUAACCUUCACGCCCGCCGCUGUCGUUUCAACAUGGAGCUGUACAAGCUGUCGGGACGGAGGAGCGGCGGCGUCUGUCUCAACUGUCGCCACAACACGGCCGGACGCCACUGCCACUACUGCAAGGAGGGCUUCUACAGAGACAUGACCAAGUCCAUCUCGCACCGCAGAGCAUGCAAAGCGUGUGAUUGCCAUCCAGUCGGAGCUGCAGGUAAGACGUGUAACCAGACAACAGGCCAAUGCCCCUGCAAGGACGGAGUGACAGGAAUCACCUGCAACCGCUGCGCCAAGGGAUACCAGCAGAGCCGCUCUCCUAUUGCUCCCUGCAUCAAGAUUCCAGUUGCAUCUCCGACAGCAACGUACACCAGCUACGAGGAGCCAUCAGAUUGUGAAUCUCACUGCAAAGCCUCCAAGGGGAAGAUGAAGAUCACCAUGAAGAAGUACUGUAAAAAGGAUUACGCUGUCCAAGUGCACGUUCUCAAAGGGGACAAAUCAGGCGAGUGGUGGAAGUUCACCGUCAACAUCAUUUCUGUCUACAAGCAAGGUGAGCAUCGCAUCCGCCGCGGGGACCAGCUGCUGUGGGUGCGUGCGAAGGACGUGGCCUGCAAGUGUCCAAAGAUCAAACCCGGGAGGAAGUACCUCCUCCUGGGUACGGACGACGACUCUCCCGGACAGAGCGGCGUGGUGGCGGACAAAGGCAGCCUGCUCAUCCCUUGGAAGGACCUGUGGGGUCGCCGGCUGAGGAAGUUCCAACAGCGUGACAAGAGGGGGAAGUGCUAAAAGUGGCUGGGAAGGAGAGAGAUGGAGAGAUGGAGGCGAAGUGACGUCUCCACUGUGAUGAAUGCAAGAGGAAAUGAUGAUUGAAGAAAAAAACUGGAGAGUAUAACAUGGAGGGACACAGGUGAAUAGUUGGAGAAGUGGGGAAAGGACUGAGUGCUGCUGCUCUGAGUUGGAGCAAAAAGUUUAGUGUUUUUUUUUUUAGGAACUUUUGUGAAGGAGCUCAUUCCACAGUCGUUUUUGUCUUUCAAGGUUUGUUUUGUUGUUUAAUUGCAGAGUUUGCACCUAAUGUUUCAUUUAUGUCAUAUCCUGACUAUGUUACCCAUGAUGCCUUUGUUUUGUUUUUUUACAGUCCUGUGUUAAGUUGUUGGAAAGAGCAAUGCAUCUUCUCAAUCCCUUUUUUUGUAUUUCAAUAGGACCCGGUCCAACUGUGCUGACUUCAGCGUUAUCUUGUUAAAUGAAGACACACUGCUUAGCUUUCACCACACUCACAUGGCGGCCAUUUUUCUCUGAUGUCACGUUCAGGGUGGGAAGCUCAUGGUGUUUUUUAGCUAUUUACAACACGUCCCAGUUGUCUUGAAAGCGAUUGAUUGGCUGCCUGAAUUUAGUGGGGGAUGGUGCAGACCAGUGAAGACGACACCAACAAAUUUGGCGAGCGCUCCAGGAGAACCUGUCCCUAUUCACUACACAUGAUCCAGAAUCUGACCCUGAACAAGAGGAUGAGCUGUUGCAGUGUCGCUGCUCCAGCUUCAACAGCAUGUCUCUUAGUAGCACACCAAGAUUUGAGUGUUAUUCCUACUUUCUUGCCUUCUUUGAGUGACCUAAUGCUGUUGACGCUCGUUUUUGUUGCAGGUUGGCACAAACAAACAAAUUAGAUGACACAUUGAUGUUAGUAUAAGAAGCAACCAAUGUUUUCUUUGGUCCUCUGGUGCCAACACCCUAAAAGUAUUGUGGAAUCAUUGUAUCAUGAACCGAGAUUCAUGGCUUAAAUAGCAUUUUGAACUGAGUUUAUCAACACAUCCCUGGCAGCCUAAUGAGUUAUCAAAUAUGUUUAAUCUUGCAGUAUCAUCCAGAUGUUCCUCUGUGUUGAACUUUUCAUUUUCUUUUCAGUAAUAAGGAUAUAUUUUCAGGCCACUGUUCCUGAUCUGUAUUAUUUGGAACCAGGCAAACAGCAACAUGAUAUUUUUGUUUCAAUAAAAGCAUUUGAGCUUCAUUCCCUGAGCGAGACGUCUGAGGUAAAGGCUGCUGUGUGAAUAAGGUGCUUCAAGAGUCUCCAUGCAUGUUCAAGUAGAUCCUCAAGUCGUACCCUGCCAAACUUUGGAUAAACUUCUCCGACUGCCAAAAGGUAAAAAUAGUGAAAUUAUUCCUAAGCAUGAAAAACAUAAUGGGUGCAAUUUUGUUUGAGAGCUCCUGGCUCACAUGUGAGUGUUACCUCAGUGAAAUAACCGCCAUAUUGACCCUCAGCUCAAUCUGUGUAACGAUCACAUUUCAUGUCAGCGCUUUUCGAUGUGUCAGCAGUAUGUUGUGGUCGUGACCUCUGCAAUGUAAAGUAACCAUACGUGCAUACAUAGACAUUAUUUUUUUGUAGAUAGUGAGAGUAGAGUGGAAUGUCAACCAUGCACUUAUUCUACCAGUAAAACGUAAAGAACAUAUGAGAUAUGUUCACAAGUCAGAGAUCCCAUUACUGCGCCAUCUGAUGCAAAAAAGCUGUACAGUUCAAAUCACGUCUGCCUCACUCGUGUUUUUUUUUUAAAGCUGCACACAGGUCAGAGUUUAUUUUCUAGUAAAGGAUUAAACUGAAGCUGGAUGUCAAAGUAAGAGAAAUGAUGAAAUGAACCAUCUCACCUCAGAAAAAAGAGAUAUCAACCUAUCAGCAGUCCUCGUACCACUGAUGUAAUGCAUGCUCACUACUUACUGUAGCUGACUGAUGGCUAACAAUGAUUGUGAAUUAUGUACACAUUUAAUUUGUAUACAGUAUUCAGUGUUGUGGGAAAAUAACCUGUGGAGUGAUAUAAUAUCACAGAUGUUUAUUGUACAGUGCGUUCAGCACGCCGUGUCAAAUGUUUGUCGUCUCAAAGCUCCUUUUUGAGGACCACCAUAAAGACUUGGUACACGACAGACAUGACUGAUUGUCUCCAUGUUAUAUAGCUGUAUAGUAUUACUUUUUUAUUUUUUGUUAAACAUUAACUAGAUCUAUCUUCAUGUGAACUAAACAAGAGUUUUAAAUAUUAGAGGCUAAAUAAAGAUAAAUAAAUGGAUGUCAGAGAAAAAACAACUCUGAUGAGAAAUACACGAGCACACCUCCGUACUCCGUGCGUCACGCUGUAUUUCUCUUUAAAUAACACGCAGAUUCAUCAGUUCCCACUUCGACAGGUUCUGCAGAAAGGUACCAGACUUCUGCCCCUCCAUAAAUCACACCUGAGUAAUUACCUGUUCACACACCAGCUUGUAAAUGUUGUUCAGCAGUGUCCAUAGCAAAUAAAGGUUGUGUAAUGUCUUGUAAUACUAAUAUAUUAUGUUUAUCAUAAAUGAAUAUAUUUAAUGACACAUGAAACGAUGUGGCUUAUGUGGUUUUUAUUUUUUGGAUCUUUAAUUUUUUACUUUUUUUUGCAUUGAAUUGUAGAUGGCUGUAAUGAAAAGUAUUGAUACAUGUUUGGCUAUUGAACAGCCUGAUAGAACUGAAAAUUAAUUCAUCUGAAAUAAAGCUGUUU